ACUGCUUGCGGCCGCCACACGUGAAGGAGAAUAAACAACAAAUUGGACGGGUUCAGUGUGUAAUUAUGCAACAAAUCCUGUGUGAAAACUGCCGAAAACAGCGUUAAUUGGAUGACAUUUGCGAGGAUUGCGUGCCACUAAAUUCAUUUCAUCGAAAUGUAUCGUUUGUUGAGUGCAAAUCGAGCGGCAGCUGUGCAAAAAGCACUGCGAGUGCCGCCCAUCGCCCACCCAACAACAACAACCACGGUGUGCUGCGGUUGCGGCAGCGAAAUUGCGCCUUCAAAUUUCGUGCACUAUCAGCAGUAUUAUCAAAUGCUAUACCGCCAAAAGCCGGCAGUGACGAUUCCGGCAACAACAACAACAACAUCACGCACACAAACAACCACACCCACACAGGCGGAUGCACUGACCCAGGCGAAAAAAAAGCGAUUGCGCAAGCCACGAUACGCCAAAUAUGUAGAGCUCCUGGAGGUUACCGAACAAGCAAUCAGCGAACGGAGAUCCCGAGUUAAGCGCCUCAAGUCCAAAAAGCUGGCAGAUUUUAUACAGAAGGCACAGCAGCAAAUCCUGGAAAGACGUGCUCGGGAGGAUAGGAAGGAUAAGAAGACCAAAGGCUUAUUGGACUUGGGACAGCGACAACCUGUUGAGUAUCAGAAAUUCGAUAUAGAGGCCUUGGAUGCUUCUGUCCUUGAAUCCGGCAUAUACGACGAUCGGCCGAUGCUCUUCUUCGGCAAGAAUGAGUACACCAAACAGGUGAUAGCGAAUCCCGAAGAGGUGCAAAAUAUCCUUAAAAGCUUUCACAACUUUCGGGAUAUUAUUGAGAGCAUGGGAAACGAUCAGCACGAAGCGGAUUUUGGUCUUAGUACAACCAAGGCCCUUCCUGAAGAAACAGAAGUGGUGGACCCAUUCGAAGCCAUUGAACCAUAUAUUAACCCUCUAGACAAAAGCAAACCUUCAGUAACAGCUGUGGCCAUGCCAAACGCCAAUGCAGCAACAGCCAAGUCCAAGAAACGUUUCAAGUCAAAGGUUCAUGUCAACGAAGAGCAGGAGCGAUUGGCGAAGCAGAGGGCACUGCACAUGAACCUAAACACCUACUUGAAUGUGUGUGUUUCGGCCAACAUGCUCAACCGCGCUCUGUCAACCAUCAUCGCUUAUCGGGGAAGAGUGAAGAAGAGUACUCUGCCAUAUAUAUCCGAGGGCCUCAUCACCAUUGAUCUGUACAAUAUCCUUCUGCACGGUUAUGCGGGAAAGGGAUCUUUCGAUCGGUCGCAGGAGCUCUUUCAACUCAUCAAAGAGGAUGGUCUUGCAUUCAAUGAACAGACCUAUGCUGCCAUUUUCGAGUGUUUGGGCCGCCUAGAAUCAGAUGAACAGAACCAGGCGUUGUUAUCCAAAUACAUAGCUCAAGCUGAAGAGGAAGGAUUCAGCUUGAAUCAAAUCAUGGAUAGGUCCAAGUUCGUGGCCGAUCAGCGAGACAUUGCCCUGGAUGCUAUUCGACGGAUUCGUCCGGAAUUUAAACCCGAUUAUACGCCACCGCAGCUGGGUUACGACAACGAGCUCCUGAAUCAUCUCAACCAACAUGUUUUACCAAUAGGUGCAGAAGAAAAAGCAACAAAAGUUGACUUGGAUUACGCGAUUAUGAACUCCAAGCGAGGCUAUACCACAGCUCAAUUGGAGGAACUCGCUCGAGAGCAGCUGAAAAUAGAAUUAGACGGUAGCAUAACGAUAAAAUCCAUCGAGAAGUCGAAGGAGUUUGCCAAUUCCGAGAAAUGCCGCGAACGUCUUAAGGAACUGGAGGAAACUUGGCGCAAACAAAUUUCAGCGGCCAUUGUGAGGGAUCUCAACACACUGCGCGCCCAAGUGCGCUUCAAACCGCAUGGCUUCAUGAACUAUUACACAUACCUGAAGACCUUGGACACCUCGCACUUUGCAGACAUCCUGAUCAAAGAACUUUACAAGCUGGCCGAGGGCUCGGAAACAUUCAGUCCAACGGUGGGCCAGCUGUACAAAGAACUUGGACAGAAGGUACAGCAACGAUACCAAAUCGAGCAAAAGAAGCACAAUGGCACGCUGGAGAAGAUUGGCGAGAUAUACAGCUCGUACUGCAAUCUCUGGGAGAGCGGAAAGACACAGGACAACACGCGGCAGGCUUGGCAGCGUCUGGUGCACGAGCAGCGGGAGAGCGGACCCAGUAUGGAUCUGCCAGAGGUGCCGUGGCCUUCGAAUGUGCUGAUGGGCGUUGGGCGCUUCCUUUACAACAUUCUGAUGCGGGACAUCAAGAUCGACGCUCACGUAAUGCGGAUAAAAAGCAAAGCCAAAGCUGCUUCCCAGCCUCAAAAUCUGUUGCCCGCUUUCUACACCCUCUUCAGAAAUCAAGGACGUUUUGUUAAGGAGGAAGUAAAACCACAUCCAGUGCUCUCGAGAUUAUUUCGAGCUUCGCGCCAGCAGACGCUCACCUUCGACUCGAAUCUGGUGCCCAUGUUGUGCCCACCGCAACCGUGGAGUACUCCACACAACGGUGGCUACCUGCUCAACAAAUCGGAACUGAUUCGCCUGCCCCACCAAGCCGUCCAGCAAUGGGACCGCAUCAGCGCUUCUAAUCCUCAGCAUCUUUAUCCCGCCCUGGACUCUCUGAACCAGUUGGCCAGUGUUCCUUGGCGAGUGAAUACGCAGCUGUUGGAUGUGAUUAUUGAGGUGUUUCAGAACGGUGGCGAUGCGAAAUUGGAUGUACCUCAGCCGCCCAGUUCCCUCCCUCCGCUUCCAACAUUGCCCGCCAAGGAUGCCGAUGGAAAUGCUGCCUCCAAUGCAGAGCGCGCUAAGCAAUUCCGGGAUAAGCUUGGCCAUCGGAGAAAGCAGGCCGAGAUGUACAGUUUGUGGUGCGAUGCUCUCUACAGGUUGUCCCUGGCACAGCAUUAUCGCGAUAAAGUCUUCUGGCUGCCACACAACAUGGAUUUCCGAGGACGUGUCUAUCCCGUGCCACCGCAUCUUAACCAUCUGGGCUCGGAUCUGGCUCGCUCAAUGCUCAUCUUCGAUCAAGCUCAGCCCCUCGGCGUCGAUGGUUUCAGUUGGCUUAAACUGCAUUGCAUCAACUUGACUGGCUUGAAGAAACGGGAUUCGGUGAGGGAACGCCUCCUGUACGCGGAAGAAAUCAUGCCAGAGAUCCUGGACUCUGCGGACAAUCCUCUCACGGGAAAUAUGUGGUGGGCCAAGUCGGAUGAGCCCUGGCAAACGCUGGCCUGCUGCAUGGAAAUCGCAAACGUGCAUCGCUGUCCCGAUCCCGCCACCUACCUGAGUCGCUUCCCCAUCCACCAGGACGGAUCCUGCAACGGAUUGCAGCACUAUGCGGCCUUGGGAAGAGAUGAAGCAGGAGCUUGCAGUGUUAACCUGGCACCAUCGGCCAUUCCGCAGGAUGUUUACAGUGCGGUGGCCACGUUGGUGGAGCGGAGCAGGAAAGCCGAUGCCCAAAAUGGACUACAUGUGGCCGAAGCUCUGGCGGGAUUUGUUCGGCGCAAGGUGAUCAAGCAGACCGUGAUGACCACGGUUUACGGGGUGACCCGCUAUGGAGCCAGACUGCAGAUAGCACGCCAGCUGAAAGACAUCGAUGAGUUCCCCAAGGAUUGGGUGUGGCCCGCAUCCACAUACUUAACCACCAAGACGUUCGAGAGCCUGCGAGAAAUGUUCACAUCGACGAGAGAGAUCCAAGAUUGGUUUACGGAGUGCGCACGUCUAAUUGCCGGCGUUUGCAGCCAGAACGUGGAGUGGGUAACGCCACUGGGUCUGCCGGUGGUGCAGCCGUACAACCGCCAGGACAUGAAGCACUCCCCGCGAACCGGAUUUAAGGUCUCCGCCAACAUGCCGAUGGACAUGUACGAGCGGCCCAACAUCCUCAAGCAGAAGAACGCCUUCCCGCCGAACUUCAUCCACUCGCUGGACUCCUCGCACAUGAUGCUCACCUCGCUGCACUGCGAACGGCAGGGCAUCACCUUCGUCUCCGUUCACGACUGCUUCUGGACGCAUGCCAACACCGUCCCGGAGCUGAACCGAAUGUGCCGGGAGCAGUUUGUGGCCCUGCACUCGCAGCCCAUUCUGGAGCAGCUCUCCGAGUUUAUGAAACAGACUUACAGCUUUAAAGACAAUGACUUUACUAACGAUGGUUCUGUGGAGGAUCUGUCCAAGCGCCAGUUAAACCGUACUUUAAAGCAACUUCCCCAGAAGGGAGACUUUGACCUGCGCAACGUACUCGACUCUGUGUACUUCUUCAGCUAAGGAGACGUACACUUGCGACAAAUGCGACAUCAACAGUGCCUAAUCUUAAUUUAGUCAUUAGUUUUAUUUAAUAUACCAGUUUAAUUUGUUGAACAAUUCGGCUUUCUAUACCAAAAACAAAAACUGCAAAAAACAGAAGCUACAAGGCGCCUAUGGAUCAACGCCAAUUGUGAUUUUGUAACAUUUAAUUACAUAAAAUUGAUUGAAAAACUGUUUAAAA